AUGUCUGACGACGGAGCCCCACCGGAGCCCGUGCUUGAAGUGCCACCUCCAACUGAGAUCAAAAUUCUAGAAACAGCGGAGGAUAUCCAGCAUCGACGUCAAGAAGUACUUGGUCAUUAUGCGCAGUUCAAAGAGCAUGCCAAAAGUAAGAGGGAUCGCCUCGAAGAGGCACGACAGUACCAGUAUUUUAAGAGAGAUGCUGACGAACUAGAAAUCUGGAUUCUUGAAAAAUUGCAGACUGCUCAAGAGGAGUCCUUUAAGGACCCCACAAACCUUCAGGUCAGU